CUUUUAACUUUUUAUUUUAAAAUAUAGAUUCACAGGAAGUUAUAAUGAAAAAUGUACAGGGAGGUCCAUUGGACCCUUCACCCAAUUUGCCCCAGUGGUAACAUUUUGUGUAACUAUAGUAUUGUAUCAAUUGUCAACCAUCGAUUUUUAUGUAGCAGAAAUUGAGCAGCUAUUAUAUGCUAGUUCUUUGAGGUAUAAAGGAUUAAACUCUGACCUUACAGGUUUCUGUCAUCUGUCUGGAUUUUCAUUGUUAUUGUUCUUAAAAUAUUUUUUAUUUUGGCUACUCGUUGUUGACACUUUUAUUAGCAGUUAUUUUAAUGUUAAAUACUAUGUUAUUUCUGACAUUUAUAUUUGCUCUGUUUUAAAACAAUUUUGCAUUGUGUCCCCAUCUUCCAUUUAUAAUCUUUACAGCAUCAGAACCAUGUUGCCUGCAUUGUCUUAUUUUAAUCACGUGCCAGUUUUGCAGUGCUACCAAGUCUGGAUCUGAGAGGCAGCUUGUGUGAAUCAUUUACAUACAUUUCUGUUUAUAUUCCCUAAAUUAAUUUGCAACUUUAUAUUUUUCAUCCAAUUACAUGUUCAAAACAGAUUUUUAAUAAUUUAUUUUAAGAAGGAAUUUGUUAUAUGUAGGAUUUAAAAACUGGCUCAAAAAGCAGAAGCUAUUAAACAAUAGCAGAAACCAGACAGUAUAUAGGACUUUAAAUGGUAAUUGCUAAACAUUUGAAUGUUCCCACAAAUGUGAGUCUGUGUGUCUUAUGUGUGUCUCUACAUGUUGUUCCACUAGGGACUUGCACAGAUAGGUUUUUCACAAUAUCGUUGCUGUUAUUGUCAGCCAUAAACAAAUUAUACGUAUUUAACAAGUUAAUGUCAGAUUGGCCAGGAGCCACUGGGAGGUGUAUACUUAGUGACAUCAGCUGGCAAAGAGCCCUGGUAACAGGGAGGGUUGGAAGGGGAGUGGAGAGAGAGGAAGCAGGAGGAAGGGAGAAAAAGAGAGAGACUGACUGUAUCUGGGGAUUCUGGCAAGGUGAAGAGCUGGUCUGUUUGGCAGGACCUUCCCAUCUGGGAUCCAUCUGUGUUUCCCUGGAAUGGGACAGGCAGCUCUAGUCAGUGAGAAAUCGCAGAUGUGAGAGAGCUGACACAUGUCCAGCUAAUGAAAGGAGGAGGAAGGCUGGUCUCCGAUUGAGCUUUGAAGAUUAGGAGGAGAAAAAGAGGAGCUUUUGAAUAUCUAUUUCAAAUAAAUUUGGUGUAUUUAAGAAUCUGGAUUGUUUAUAAUCUGGGCAUUUGGCUUGGUCCUGAGAAAAGGGUGCCAGCAAUGCCUGGAUCGCCUGUGGAAGUGAAGAUACAGUCCAGAUCCUCACCUCCCACCAUGCCACCCCUCCCACCAAUAAAUCCUGGAGGACCGAGACCAGUGUCCUUUACUCCUACUGCAUUAAGCAAUGGAAUCAACCAUUCUCCUCCUACCCUGAAUGGCGCCCCAUCACCACCACAGAGAUUCAGCAAUGGUCCUGCCUCCUCUACAUCAUCUGCACUCACAAAUCAGCAGUUGCCAGCCACCUGUGGUGCUCGACAGCUCAGCAAGUUGAAACGCUUUCUUACCACUCUGCAACAGUUUGGAAAUGACAUCUCCCCUGAGAUUGGGGAGAAGGUGCGGACUCUUGUUCUUGCACUGGUGAACUCAACAGUGACAAUCGAGGAAUUCCACUGUAAGCUCCAGGAAGCCACAAACUUUCCCCUUCGUCCUUUUGUGAUUCCAUUUCUCAAGGCCAACCUUCCCCUGCUACAGCGAGAACUGCUGCACUGCGCUCGGGCAGCCAAGCAGACCCCAUCCCAGUACCUCGCUCAGCACGAACACCUUCUGCUCAACACAAGCAUUGCAUCGCCUGCUGAUUCGUCAGAGCUGCUCAUGGAGGUACACGGAAAUGGGAAGCGGCCCAGUCCAGAGAGGAGAGAAGACAAUAGUUUUGAUAGAGAUACAAUCGCUCCUGAGCCUCCUGCCAAGAGAGUAUGUACCAUCAGCCCUGCUCCUCGGCACAGUCCUGCUCUCACUGUGCCCCUAAUGAAUCCUGGGGGCCAAUUCCAUCCUACCCCUCCGCCUCUUCAGCAUUACACCUUAGAGGAUAUUGCAACUUCUCACCUGUAUCGGGAACCCAACAAGAUGCUAGAGCAUCGAGAAGUUCGUGAUAGACACCACAGUCUCGGUCUAAAUGGAGGCUAUCAAGAUGAGUUGGUAGAUCAUCGUUUGACAGAAAGGGAAUGGGCUGAUGAAUGGAAACAUCUUGACCAUGCGCUGAAUUGUAUUAUGGAAAUGGUAGAGAAAACAAGGCGCUCCAUGGCAGUUCUGCGGCGCUGUCAGGAAUCAGAUCGUGAAGAACUCAACUAUUGGAAAAGACGGUACAAUGAAAACACAGAGCUGAGGAAAACAGGGACUGAGUUGGUCUCCAGGCAACACAGCCCCGGGAGUACAGAUUCUCUCAGCAAUGAUUCUCAGAGAGAGUUCAACAGCAGGCCAGGUACAGGAUACGUACCUGUGGAGUUUUGGAAGAAAACAGAAGAAGCUGUGAAUAAGGUGAAAAUUCAGGCCAUGUCAGAAGUACAGAAGGCUGUCGCUGAGGCAGAGCAGAAAGCCUUUGAAGUGAUUGCAACAGAGAGAGCACGAAUGGAGCAAACCAUAGCGGACGUCAAGCGGCAGGCCGCGGAGGACGCUUUCCUCGUCAUCAACGAGCAAGAGGAGUCCACGGAGGUAGAUCUCAUCUACUGGAUGGGAGACCAGCUGUCUUUGGGACAUUCUCUUGAAGUUCAGCACUCUCUCUGUCACCGAGGCUGGAGUGCAAUGGUGCAGUCUCAGCUCACUGCAGCCUCCACCUCCAGGUUCAAGCGAUUCUCCCACCUCAGCCUCCCAAGUAGCUUGGACUACAGAACUGCUGGAACUGUGGCCGCAAAGCCAGCGAGACGUGCAGUGGCUGCAAUAUCGCGCGAUACUGCGGCUCUUUCUGCCAGCACAAGGACUGGGAGCGGCACCACCGCCUCUGUGGUCAGAACCUGCAUGGCCAGAGUCCCCACAGCCAGGGUCGGCCGCUGCUUCCUGUAGGCAGGGGCUCCUCUGCCAGGUCUGCCGACUGCAGCGUGCCCAGCCCAGCCCUCGACAAGACCUCGGCAACCACAUCGCGUUCCUCCACACCUGCUUCCGUGACAGCUAUCGACACCAACGGACUCUGAGCCCCGGACUCUACUUACCCUGAUGGCUGCUCAGCACCACAGAGUGCUUGGGCUGUGGGACUGGCUGUUGGAACCCGUGCAUGUAGCUCUACUGGGUCAUUAACAAGAAAUGAAUUGGAGGCAGGAAGAGUCCAAGCCUGAAUAAUAGUGCCCCACAGCCUCUCUGGACACUUGCUGUCUGCAGAGCCAGUGUGCCAUUCUCUGCACGUGGGCAGCCGGCCCAGCCUGCCUCCUCCAUGGCUUUCCUGGUUUGUUCCUCCCCACUGAAGCUGACUUAGCCAGCCCCUUUUCAGUGUAGACCACCAGCUCCCCUCCCCGUCUCCUUGAGUCAGCAGACUGUCCAAUGUGCUCAGCCAGGCUGGAGGCAGCAGGCAGCAGGCUAUGGAGGAGGCCCCUCGGACAGGGAGCUGCCUGCCUCACCCUUGAACAGGGAGCAGCCUGCCUCACCCCUGAACAGCUCUUUCGGCCUCAUCUCCACCCUCAGCAGAUGACACUGAUUGGCCUCACGGGGACUUGGGUAAGCAACAGGCGGCACUCAGGACUCUCUUCUCAACCUUGCUGUUCAGACUUGUUAAGAUCUCAGAGUCCACAGGAAAGAAGUCACUGUUGCAGUAAAAGCACCCGUAGUAGCAAAAACAUAAACAAAUAAAACUUCCUCCACAUCACAGGUGAUUUUGGACAAGAUUUUCCAACCUUGCUGGCUACUUUAGUUUGGGACCCGUUUUUUUUCUCAUUUGAUUUUGCUUGUGCAGAAAAUAGUUUCCAGCACAUGGAUUGGUCUGAGAGAGAAUGAGACUCAGUUGUGGAUAGUCUGUUCUCUCUGAGCAUGUUGGCCAAACUAGUAUCGUCAAAUUAUUGAGUGGAUCAUCUCUUGGAAAUGCAGGACUUCUGCCACCACUUGGCUGUUUGCACAGUCGUCUUGUUCUGUGUCCUUUUAUCUCUCAGACCACACACAUCUGGAAUGCUGUGGGCAUCUUCUGCCCAUGGGCUCUAUUUGGCACCUGCUGAGCCACAGUUGUCCUGCUGGACGUGCUGUGGCAGGUUGGUAGGACUUGCCCCCACUGUCAAGGCCUGGUCUUGUCUGAAAAGCCCUCCUGGACCUCAAAGAAUUCUUCGGACCUCAUAGUUACAGGUCAUUAUAUCUACUAUGUUGAUUUAUCAUCAGGCACACAACUUCUGUUUCCUUCUCUUGUGUUAUCUGAUAGCUUCUCUCCUUGAGCUCAUCAGAAAGGUUUUAUGAGAUGUGAGAACCAUUUUGGGAAAAGUUGAUCAAUUUUUCUUCCUAGCUUCCCAUUUUCAAAUGGUACAUCACCUAUAUCCCUUUCAGAAUGUUAGGAACUGCCUCCCACAUUCUUCCCUGUCUUUUUGGGUUUUGUUUGUUGUUGUUAUUGUUGUUUUUUAACACAAAGUCUCGCUCUGUCAGCCAGGCUGGAGUGCAGUGGCAUGAACUUGGCUCACUGCAACUUCUGCCUUCCAGGUUCAAGCAAUUCUCCUGCUUCAGCCUCCCGAGUAGCUGGGAUUACAGGCGCCCACCACCCACCAUGCCCAGCUAAUUUUUGUAUUUUUAGUAGAGACAGGGUUUCACCAUAUUGGCCAGGCUGAUCUUGAACUCCUGACUUCAAGUGAUCCACCUGCCUUGGCCUCCCAAAGUACAGGGAUUACAAGCGUGAGCCACCACACCUGGCUUGUCCUUUUGGUUUUGAUGGGAGUCUGAGGACCCCGACUCCUCCGGCUCUCCAUCUUUGAGCUUCUAGCAUCCUCUCAUACCCAGAAAUCAGUUGGAGUAAGUCUGAUUGGCCCUGCUCCAGCUGGCCUUUGAAGCACAAGUUUAAAUCUCCAUCUUCUGUGCACUGACCAGAGUCUAAAAUAAAAGCUGUCAGUACCAUAAAGGAAAAGGGAUCCACACAGGUAGCCUUGUCCUUGCCUACAGGUACAUCUUACUUUAGAAUUUCAAGUGCUGGCCGGGCUCAGUGGCUUACUUCUGUAAUCCCAGCACUUUUGGAGACCGAGGCAGGCAGAUCACUUGAGGUCAGGAGUUCAAGACCAGCCUGGCCAACAUAGUGAAACCCUGUCUCUACUUAAAAAAAUACAAAAAUUAGCCGGGCAUGGUGGCACUCAACUAUAAUCCUAGCUACUCAGGAGGCUGAGACAGGAGAAGCACUUGAACCCACAAGCCAGAGGUUGUGAUGAGCCGAGAUUCCGCCACUGUACUCUAGCCUGGGCAAUACAGCAAGACUCCGUCUCAGAAAGAGAAAAAAAAAAAAGCAAAAUUUGAGAAUUUCAAGUCCCUAAUUCACUCUAACCAAACAUUUUCAGUCUUACAAAGAAACCUAGUGCACGAUACCUUUAAAAUGCCUAGAUUUCCAUUGCCUAAAGUAAGGUGUGGCCAGGGGAAGAACAGCAGGGAAUCAUGUUCCUUUGCUGUGGAACACAUAAGCCCCACAGUUUUCCAGUCAGCCUAAUACAUGGGUAUCCCCCACCCCCAUCUGUCUCCUUAAGCCUCAGUCCUUAGUGGGGAACCCUGACUAAGGGGGUUGGAGUCAGUACCCCGGAGAGGGCCACAUUUGCAUGAGACACAGCUGUCUCACAAGGAAGUCACAGAGCCUGUACGCCAGCUUACUGGUUUUUCAUGGAUUUGUUGGAUUAACAAUGUAAGCAGGUUUUGUUUUCAUUGUUUUGUUUGUUUUGAGAUGGAGUUUCUCUCUUGUCGCCCAGGCUGGAGUGCAAUGGCACGAUCUCAGCUCACUUCAACCUCUGCCUCCCAGGUUCAAGCGAGUCUCCUGCCUCAGCCUCCCGAGUAGCUGGGAUUACAGGCACCCGCCACCACGCCCAGCUAAUUUUGUAUUUUUAGUAGAGACGGGGUUUCUCCAUGUUGGUCAGGCUGGUCUCAAACUCCCGACCUCAGGUGAUCUGCCCGUCUCGGCCUCCCAAAGUGCCAGGAUUACAGGCAUGAGCCACUGUGUCCGGCCUUAAGCAGGUUUUUAAAAUCUCCAGUGGCCAUAAAACAAGACAGGGUAGCUCAUGCUUUUACUGGUUGGAAUAAGGAGCCAAAACCAACAAAAUAAUAUUUAUUAGGGCUCAAUGCCCAUUUCUAUGGCUAAGGCUUAGGUUUGGUGUGCAGAACCUGGCCUACUUUUAUGGGCUGUGGUUCCUGUGACAGUUUCGUUUUCUGAAUCUUUGUAAUGCUUUUCCAUGUGCUGCCCAGAGGCUGAUCUGCAAACCUGCGCAGUAUUCCACACUGAAGCUCAGUUUGCAGACCUUUUGCUGUGUUAAUUCUGGUCAGUUUCACACAGAAGUCACGAGGGCCUCUGCCCAGGACCUCCUAUUCACAUUUCAAGAAUCCCUUUCUGAAAUUAUCCAAGUCUCUGGUCAGGAGGAGGAGCACCAGUGGGGUAGGGUGGGCAGCGGCUAGAGGGGCAGGAGCGAAUCCAGGUUCCUUGUGUGGUUUCCAGCCUCUGCUGACAGCACCUCAGCUACCAGGUGGGGAGUGGAAAUUCAGGCUGCUUAGAGGACUGACCUCUACAGUUAAUAUUUGCAGUGACAUAAAAGGCAAAGAGGGGCUGGCAUGGUGGUACAGAAGGUAUCAGUCAAGCACAGGCUCCUCAGAAACCUAGAAACCAAAAAGCAGAUGCAACAUGUGACUGGCCAUCAGCCAGACAUGUCUAGGGUGAGACCAGUGCUCAGCACCACCUGCCAAAGGACGCUGAUGAGUUGUGGGACAUAAUGAUCUGCCAAGUGAGGAAUGACUGCAGGAACCAAAGAUGCCACAUGUCCCAAGAGUUUCUUGAGGGCUGGGUUUCACAUCUCUGAUUGUCCUUUUUGUCCCCACCUGCCUGCACCUUGCCUGACUCCCAUCUUGUGGGGAAGGUGACUCAAGAAGUUGUUUAAGCCCAGGCCUAGGCAGUCCACCUCGGGAGGUGGGGGCACUCCACCCUGGGGGGCCUGCAGCCCCAGGGCUGGUGCUCUAGCAGAUCCACUCAGGCACGGUUGGGUGACUGGGGGGGUCACCGAUUGGGUAGAUUAUUUCUAGGGCAGUGCUGGGUUAGAAAUGUCUGCCAGUGGGUCUGUCUGGAAACAGGACACAUCUUCCCACCACAAGUCCACACCUGGCCUUGGCUGCUGCCCGCUCUCUGCAACGUGGACUUCCUUUGCCCAUUUGGGCCAGAAGGUCACCAGGAGUUCAUCAUCACUGCUUGGUGUCAACUUGACAUCUUCAGCUUCCAGACAAAAUCAACUCUUUACUUUGUACAGCCCUGUCCCAGAGUUAGUGACCCUCGGCUUGUCACCUGCUUGCAAAGGGUAUAGAUGUCGUCCUGGGUAGUUCUAGAGAAUAUCUCAGCAAGUGCGUUUGAAGGUUCAGCACAGCUGGAAUUGUAUGGUAGUGAGCUCUUCAGAGUGAAAACAGAAUGACCGGAUGGCCAUCUGUCCUGGAAACUGAAGAGUUGAAUAAAUCACUGAAAAUAGAACGCUUCGUGGAGGUUUUCUUCAGAAGUGAACUAGAAGUAAGUUUUCCAGGCUCCCAGGUCAGUAGACCAAACUAACUUCCUUAGAUUUUUUUUCUUUUUAAAGCUGUUUGCAGAAAACUGGGUGGUAGCAUGUCUGAACCAAAUGGAAGAAGAGCCAGCAGAGCAUGCACUGUUCCAGCUCGGGCCACAUGGCCAACUGUCGAGAGCAGCCCUGCCCAGACUGCAGUGGGGGCUGUGCCAGCAGCUCCGCAGGGCCCUUCCAACUCUGGAGUGUCUAUAGUUCUUGUGAAACCAAAACAUUGACUACCUGCCUCUUUCUUCGGGCAUCGACGUGCUCAUUUCCAAAGAUGAUGGUGCAGGUGACCUUUUCCAUCGUGAGCCAGGAGAAGGUUAGGAGGCCUGAGGGGCAGGCGUUGCGUCCCCUCCUCCCCCUCCAUAGCCCCUGAGGUGGAGCUUCCCUCACAGAUCCCAUCUGGUCGAGCCUACGGCUGCCCAGUGUACACUCAGUGAUGCUUAUACCAAAUAGGGCAUGUGUGCUGGUGUCUGUUGGGGACAGCCCCAUCCCUACCUUGGAGAAUUGCAGAGAAGCAGCAAUAAGCAUUAGGCGAAUGAUUGAAAGGACUGCUGGGCCGAGAGGCCCUCAGUCCCCUUACGUGGCUUUCCAAGUUCCUGAUGAGGCUACAAAGGCUCCACUCAUAAAAGAAAGCCAAUAGUGUAAAUAAAUUAAGAACGAAGCCUCCACACGUGAUUUUUAAGGGGGAUGAUGAAUGUGAAACCACCCACAGAAUGCGUUAGAGUCUGGUUUUUCUGUGCUUUGUCAUUUUACUCUGAUAGGAACUUUUGUUACCUAACUCUGUGCAUAACUUAUUUAAUGUACUGUAUAAAUGAACCAAAACUGUUAAAUAUGUAUUUAGUUUGUUCUACUUAAAGUAGUCAAUAAAAAGGCUAUAUUCCU